AAAAGCUUUUACGCAUUAAGGCAAAAUGUCAGAAAGUAAAAACUCCGAAAAAUUAUCUACGGCUGUAGUUCAUCUGGGUAGCGAUAGUGACCAAAAAGAACUCCCAACUAGUAAUGUAGAUAGUCACGAAACUCCUGAAGGUGGUGAACCAACCAUUGAAGAAUUAAAGUCUUUAAGACAUAUCUCAGGAAACAUUCCAAUCAGAUGUUGGUUAGUUGCUAUUGUUGAAUUGGCUGAAAGAUUCUCUUAUUAUGGUUUAUCUGCCCCAUUCCAAAACUACAUGCAGAACACUCCUGAAGAUUCUCCAAAAGGUAUCUUAGGUUUGAAUCAGAAUGGUGCUACUGCAUUAUCCUACUUCUUCCAAUUUUGGUGUUAUGUUACUCCAAUCUUUGGUGGUUGGUUAUCUGAUACCUAUUGGGGUAAAUAUAAAACAAUCACUUUUUUCUGUUGUACCUAUAUUAUUGGUAUUUUUAUCUUGUUCAUAACUUCCCUUCCUGCAAUCACUAGCAGAAAUACUGCCUUGGGAGGUUUUAUUGCUGCAAUAAUCAUCAUUGGUUUAUCCACCGGUGCUGUUAAAUCUAAUGUUUCACCUUUAAUUGCUGAUCAAAUUCCUAAAACCAAACCAGCUAUAAAAAUAUUAAAAUCAGGUGAGAGAGUUGUUGUUGAUCCUAACAUUACUAUUCAAAAUGUUUUCAUGUUCUUCUAUCUUAUGAUUAAUAUUGGUUCAUUAUCUGUUAUUGCUACUACUCAAUUAGAAGCUCAUGUCGGUUUUUGGGCUGCUUACUUAUUACCAUUCUGUUUCUUCUUCAUCGCUCUAACUGCUUUAAUCAUCGGAAGAAAUCAAUACGUCAAGGUUCCUGUUAAUGAAAAAGUAGUUAGUAAGACUUUUAGAGUUGUGAUCAUUGGAUGUAAGAGUGGUUUCAACUUGGAUGCUGCUAAGCCAUCCCUUAAUCCAGAGAAAGGAUACCCAUGGAAUGAUAAAUUUGUCGAAGAAGUUAGAAGAGCUUUCUAUGCAUGUAAGGUAUUUGUAUUUUAUCCAAUUUACUGGUUAUGUUAUGGGCAAAUGGUUAAUAACUUUAUUUCUCAAGCUGGUCAAAUGGAAUUACACGGUUUGCCAAAUGAUAUUUUACAGGCAAUAAACUCUUUGUCUAUUAUUAUUUUCAUUCCAAUCUGUGAAAGAUUUGUCUACCCUUUUAUUAGAAAAUUCACUCCAUUUAAGGCAAUCACGAAAAUCUUUUGGGGAUUCAUGUUUGCAAGUGUAGCUAUGGUCUAUGCAGCUGUUACUCAACAUUUCAUUUACCAAGCAGGUCCAUGUUAUGACCAUCCAAAGGCUUGUGCCCCUGAAUUUAAGACUGUUCCGAAUCAUAUUCAUGUUGCUAUCCAGGUUCCAGCUUAUUUCUUGAUUGCUAUGUCGGAAAUUUUUGCUUCUAUUACUGGUUUGGAAUAUGCUUAUACUAAGGCUCCAGUAACCAUGAAGGCUUUUAUAACUUCCCUUUUCUUGGUAACCAACGCAUUUGGUUCAGCUUUAGGUAUUGCUUUAUCUUCAGUUUCUACUGAUCCUAAAAUGGUUUGGACUUAUACUGGAAUUGCUGUGGCAUGCUUCAUUGCUGGUAUUUUAUUCUGGAUUAUAUACAGAGGUUUCAAUGAAAAGGAAGAAGAGCUUAAUAGAUUGGAAUAUGCAUCUGAUGAUGAAUAUGAAGCAUCAACUGGACUUAAACCAAUUGCUUCCUUAACUAGAUCCAUUAUCAGUCUUGCUUAGAGUAUUUUUUUAAAGUUAUUCAGAGAAUUAGACAAAAAAUAAUUUGUAAUAGUAUAGUUUAAUAAGAAAC